CGUUAGAGUGCUCGUUCAUGAACAAGGGGACCUGCCCAAGUCUAGGAUCUUGACGUCUGAUCCUGUAACGAUUGCUUAAAUUGUGUUCUUGUCAGACAUGGAAGUGCCGUUUAUAAACUGGAUGCAAAAGCUAGUUCUCUAUGAAACAAAAGCAAGAUUCUACAUUGUGGGCUCUAAUAAAAUUGAAACAAGGUUCAGAGUGUUGAAAAUAGACAGGACCGAACCGCAUGAUUUAAUCAUUCAUGAUGAUAAGGUUGAGUAUAGUAGAAAGGAGAUCCGAAGUGUUCUUUCUAUGAUUGAUGGUGGGAACAAAUCAAAGAGAGCUGCUCAGGGUGCUGCAGGAUUAUCUAAGACAACCUCAGCAUUUGGGAUUGCAGGUUUUGUACGGUUUCUGGAAGGUCCAUACAUAAUUCUAAUAACCAAGAGGAAGAAAGCAGCCUUGAUUGGGCCUCACACUGUGUACAAAAUAGAGGAUACCUCCAUGUUAUACAUUCCAAAUGAAACAGUGCGCUAUGUUCAUCCAGAUGAGAGCAGAUACGUACGAAUGUUCCAAAAUGUGGACUUGUCCAGCAAUUUCUACUUUAGCUACAGCUAUGAUCUGACCCACAAUCUGCAGUAUAACAUGGCAAACAUCAAGCGACCUGUCCAGGGUCCCAUCCCUCCACCCGAUGGAUGUAACAGGUCAAAGCUGUUGGUCUGGGAGGCUAGUCUGGAAGGGGAGCUAAAUAGUAGCCGAUGUAGCUCAGAAGAGAUUCCAGACAUUGCAGCCUCUGAAUUAGGCAUGAGGGAAGCAUCAUUAUACCCUCCUGUCAUGAAUGGAUCUGCAAGUGUCAAAGGAGCUAAUGAAAAUGAAUCUGUGUGUGGCAUUAGGCAGAAGCCUACUCGCAAGUUUGUGUGGAACAAUCAUCUGUUGAAGCAAGUUGAAAGCAAAGUGCAUCAUGACUGGAUAUUAUACAUUAUUCAUGGCUUCAUAGGCCAGAGCAACAUUGGUGUGUAUGGCAAGUCAAUCUAUCUCACCCUUAUUGGGAGGAGAUCGAAUGAAUUUGCAGGCACACGCUUCCUGAAAAGAGGAGCUAAUUGUGAGGGCUCAGUGGCAAAUGAAAUAGAGACAGAACAGAUUGUACAAGAUACUUCUGUAACUUUCCUUGCACAUACCAAAGUCUCAUCCUAUGUCCAGCUGAGGGGGUCGGUGCCUCUCUUUUGGUCACAGGAUUUGAACAAGAUGGGACCAAAACCACCAAUCACUUUGGACCAAAGAGACCCUUACGCCAGCGUAGCAGGUCGACACUUUAACCAGGUGCUAAGACGAUAUGGGGCUCCUGUUAUAGUACUAAACCUUGUCAAGACUCGAGAGCGGAAGCGGCAUGAAAGCAUACUGAGUGAAGAGUUUGUUGAUGCUAUAAACUACCUGAACCAGUUCCUUCCACCUCAACAUGCUAUCCAGUACAUUGGCUUUGAUAUGGCACGAGUUACUAAAAGGAAAAAUGCUGAUGUCAUGAUGAGACUUGCUCGGAUUGCCCGCUAUUGCCUAAAGCAGACAGGAAUUUUUUUUUGUUUACCAUCCCGACAAGCUGAGUGCAUGUCCAAGGAUGAUGAACUGAAAAUGCUUCAAGGACGCUUGAACAAGAAUGGCUGCAAACAGACAGGGGUGGUUCGAACUAAUUGUGUUGACUGUUUGGAUCGCACAAACACUGCUCAGUUUGCCCUGGGCAAAUGUGCCCUUGCAUACCAGCUCUAUGCUCUUGGAGUACUUGAAAAACCGAAUCUGGACUUUGACACAGACUGUGUUAAGAUGUUAGAGGAAUUAUAUGAAGACCAUGGAGACACUGUGGCUCUUCAAUACGGUGGUUCCCAGCUUGUUCAUCGCAUCAAGGGCUACCGCAAAAUAGCACCUUGGACAUCCCACAGCCGUGAUAUUAUGCAGACUCUGUCCCGCUACUACAGCAACACUUUUUCUGAUGUGGAGAAACAGCAGGCAUUCAACUUAUUUCUUGGUGUCUUUGAACCAGCGGAAGGUCAGCCAAACCUUUGGGAAUUGCCUACUGAUUUCUAUUUACAUAAUCCUACAACACUAGGCAGAUCACUUAUGCGCAAUCUCAGUUAUUCCCAGUGGUGGGAUGCCGAAGUUUUUGAGCAUUUGCCGAUGCCAUAUGAAGAAGUGUCCAAAUCCGAGGUGGAACAGCUAGAGGUUGCUGUUGUGCCUGCAUCCAACGAGAAUGUCAACAUAUUUUUUGAGUUCUACCGUCCAUUUGACUUGACAGUGUUUGAUGACCUCUAUCAGUACUAUAUGUCUCAUGCAACAAGGAAAUACAUGCCGAAAGGAGCGAAAGACUUCAGUCCUUUCUUAGUUCGGGAAAAUCCUGAGCCAGCAGAUAAAAUUGGUAUUGCCAGGUUACACAGUCACCUCACAAGUAGAACAAGCCAGUUAUCCCUUAUGUCAAGCAGGAAGAGAGUUUUCAGUCAGGAAACCAACCCCAACAUAUCCGGUAAAGAUUCUACAGCCUCAUCAACUUCACAAGGGUCAGAUGACACAAGCAGUUCUGAAGACCCAAGUGUUGAGGCUGGAGUCCAUCUCUCUGAAUCCACAAGCCCAUAUGACUCUGAACAUGAAUCAAAUUAUGUCUCAUUUAAGGAUCUUUUUCCUUCCAUGAAAAGGGUGUAUGACACUGAGAUCAAGGAGCCCAAUGACAGAGACAAAAAUAUCUAUGAAAGGUAUGUGGAAAUUGGCCAAGGCUGUCAUCAGACCAUGGAACAAAAACAGAAUCCAGCUUUAAUGAACGACUUUGAAAAAUCCCUUGUUCCUCAUCGAGCACGCAAAGUACAGCAAGGGCUUGACAUCUAUCCUGUUAGUGGGUUCAAACUUGACAGUACCUUUGGAGUUGAACCUCCCCCUGUCAGUCUUCAGUCAAGAGAAAUCUACAAGUCAUAUGUAGAGCGUGGGCUGUAUGGAGCUGGGCCACCAACGGAUCAUGACAAGCAUACCUAUCUCAAGUACAUUCAGAUGAAGUAUAUGUAGACUGCACUGCUGUGAUAAGGCUUUCUUCAUAUAGUUGGUAGAUUUCAUUUAUGAUCAUGACUUUGUCAUUGAAAACUGUUGGACUUAGCUUUUAUUUAAGCAUAAACCUUGAAGACAGGUUGGCAUGUAGCUAGCCAGUCCAAAUAAUAGAAGUGCAAUAACUGCUCUUUUACUUGUGUAAAGCUAUCCUGUGUCGGACAUCACAGGAAGCUAAUUAUAGCUGCUUCCAAGAAAAUAUUCUGUUAGUUUGUUAUUGAAACGCAUCGAGAAUUUUUCAGCCAUAUAAAACUAUGUGCAUGGACCUAAGUUGCCUGCUACAGUCCAGGAAUUUUUAGCAUAUACUAAUGAAACCUUUCCUAAUCAACAACACAGCCUUUGCGUCAUGGAAACUGAGGUUGUGACCUCUGUCCAAAAUCCAGGUGGGAUGUUUAAAGGCAUGUAUCAUGUGAAUCUAAGUUAUUCGCUCAUAUUCUUUUAAAUGAAUUUAGCAUAUGUAGUUGAAACUGAUUUUGUACUCAUUAUAAAAUCAUAAAGUCAUAUUUAAAGACUGUCUCUCCUUAAAAAGAGUCAGAACAAUUGCCAUGUCUUAUUUGAUAUCACCAAGUCCCCCUAUGUCUUGCUGACAAUUGGCACAGCAUGUAGAUAAGCCUUCAGAACAAAUAUUGCUACUUUAAUUCUUGUGUUUGUAUAAAGAAAAAUCCUUUAUUUUGCUUGUGUUUUACUUGGGACACCCAAAAAUAGAUCUUGGAUUGGCAGAAAAUGUCACACAUCUGUAUCUUGUUCCUGUUACCUCUUCAAAAAACUGCAUUUUCUGUUAUGAUUAUUUUACGUGUUCAUUACAAUCUAACCAGUAAGCACCAUGUGGUGGCAGAGGUAGCCUUUUGACAGCAGAAUAGGUUACAUGUCCAUCUCACUGAUGUAGAGUUUUUGUCUUUUAUAGAUAUAAUACAGAACUCUAAUAUCCAAUAUAGUAGUGGGUGCAUAAAGUUUGCAUAUACUUUGUACUGAUAAUUAACCACCACAUAAUGUCUGUAGAUGAACUUGUAUUGGCAUAAAUCAUGUCCUGUUAGCGAAUGUUGUCUCUAAUGUUGCAGAUAACUAUUUAUUCGAUAUGUAAAUGUGUACAGGUGAUAUAGCCCUGCUCACUGCCGAAACAGUAUAUGGCACAUUGUACUUGACUAUAAUGAACUAUGGUGUAUGUUUGAGACUUAAUAUCUUAUGGCUGUUACUGAAUGUUAAAUUAUUUAUACAUCUUGCAUCAUUCCACCUAAAUAUAUAAUUUUAAUGCAAACAUAUUAUGCUAUUCAUGACUUGUCAGCAUUUCUGAUUUAUACAUCUGCAUUUAUGCAAAUAAAUGUGGGUUUUCAUA